CGUGCCAAAGUGCUGUGAUCUUCCCCCUAUUCACUGUGAUAGUGAUCGUGGUAGUGUGAAGAUAGCGCGCUCUCUCCCGGUCGCUCAACUGCAGCAAUGGAUACGAAGCCAAAGGCUGUGCCAAGCGGACGGUGGUUCAACCCGCAGCUGGUGCAGCUGAAGGUGACACUGUUUCUUCUGUUCGGUGCUACGAGCGCCCUCACGCCGUACCUGACGAUCCACAUGCAAAGCAUCGGGCUGACGGUGGAGGAGGUCGCGUCGGUGUACUUGACGCUGCUGUUCACCUCCUGCCUCAGUCCACCGCUGACGGGCUACUUGAUCGAUCGCUUUGGCCGCUACAAACCGGUUCUGCUGACGAGCAUUGUGCUUAAUGCGGUAUCACAUCACUUGAUCCACUUUAUCCCGGCCCGAAACGUCAUCGUGACGUACCGCAGCUGGAACGUGUCGCUUGCUGGCGACGGUGCUGCGCUGCUUCUACACGGAACGAGCUGUCCGCUCCAAGCAUACCUCAACUCAUCCUGCAGCUCCAACAGCAGUACCUCCCUACCGACGUACCUCACUGGGAGUGAUACAAGCUGCGCCGAUCUUCCCAUUCCCGACUGUGCCCUGCCUGCGCUGUCAGCCGGCACGCUGUCGCUGCUGGAACCAAUCCCACCGGCAAGCGAGUACGAUGCAACGUUCUGGACGUACCUAGCCGUUCGGUUCGUGGCGGCAUCGAUGCUCGCCUCCACGCUCACCAUUACCGAUCCGAUCGCGCUCGACAUGGUGGAGCAGCACGGCGGUGACUUUGGCCGCGAGAAGCUCUACUCCAGCGUGGGCAUGGCGAUCUUCACGCCCCUGACCGGGCUCAUGAUUGACGCCUGGUCGAGCGGGUCCGGCCCGUCCGAAACCGUCUACACGCCCGCCUUCUACACCUACGAUCUGCUGCUGCUCGGCUCGCUCCUCUCGGUGUCGCUGAUGCCGAUCGGCCGCAAGAUCCCGUCCGAGAGCGUGAUGCAGGACACGCGCCGCCUGCUGCGGCUGCCGCCCGUGCUCGCUUUCCUAGCGUUUCUGUUUCUGCUCGGCAACUUCUGGGGCUUCAUCGAGAGCUACCUGUUCGUGAUCAUGAAGGCGAUGGGGUCGCCCAACUAUCUGCUCGGCCUGACCUACACGGUCGGGACGGUGGCCAGCAUACCGAUGAUGUACCUGCUGGAGCGCAUUACGCAGCGCGUCGGCCACGUGAACCUGCUCGUGGUGGCGUUCUUUGCCCACGCGCUGCGCAUUCUUGGCUACUCGUGGAUCACCAACCCGUACUGGUGCUUCCCGAUCGAGCUGAACGAAGCCAUCUCGUGCUACUUUAUGUGGGUCGUCGCCACGACGUACUGUGCGGUGCUGGCGCCGAACAGCUUGGUCGCUACGCUGAUCGGCAUUGCCGGGAUGGUGCACUUCUGUCUCGGGAAGGGCGUUGGUGCGUUUGUGGGUGGGUUUUUAAUAGCGCGCGUUGGGCUGGUGCUCGCUUUCCGCUAUGUUGGGUAUAUGGCCGUGGGCUGUGGUGUGCUGUACAAGCUGGUGCAUCUGCUAUGGCUGCACAGGUACGAUGGACGAGCGCUGCCGGACCGGGAUCCCGUACGUGCCGUGGAGGAGCUGGUCAAACGGAGGGCUUCGAUCUUGCCGAAGGUUGAUCAGUUCGGCAGUGUCGUAUCGUUCGGUGGAAUCGCACGAACGAAAGCGGAAGAGGCGCAUGACAAGGUGAACGAUGAAGAGCCGACUCCAGUUGAGAAAGGAUCAAUAGCGCCAUAAAAUCAGUUUCGCUUUGUUGGAACGUGAUCGUUUUGCAAUCGGAACCUUGGGGCGUAACGUAAGUUACGACUGUUACCAUUAUUGCUGGAACAAAAAACUUACUUAAAGGUUGUUUCUCGUUCUUUGGGCGCAAUAAAAAAAAGCUUCGACCAUUUCUUGUCGAAAGAACCACCUCCAAAAAGUAUUCCAUAACUUCCCAGUGCUUCCAAACUGAGCGGCUGUGUGCCACCAAUACCAAUAUGCCGUUCAGAUAAUUCAUAUCCCAAACUUGAAGCUCCCGAUCCCACCAGAUUCGUUCGAUUGCUUUCGCAGGAAAGGCCAGAAGAUAAUAACGUUAAGGACCGAGAGGUAAAAUAAAAGGAACGAACAAAAAAAACCUCCUUUCAGCCUCCAAUCAAGAUUCUUUGCUGCCAUCCAAAACUUUGCCAUCACAUACUUUAAACUUUAAUGAAACGCUCCUCCAACAUCUUCGCCCGUCCGCGGCUGCCCCAAGCGCGUGCCGGUGUGUCCUCUCCCGCGUUGCCAACAUCCCGAUACGGGAAUCGAAACGACCGCAGACCACAUGCUGAUUUUCGUUAUUAAUAAAGUUUCCAAUCGUUAUUCUUUGCCCGCGUGCGCGCUCGCUUCCCCGUCCGGGUGCCGGGUUUAAGGCA